AUGUAUGUACUGUAUACAUCAUCCUCUAUAGAAGCAAAUGAUCUAAUGGAUAUCAAUUCAGCACUGUGUUUUGUAUAUACAUGGUGUGAAGAACUCCGUACGUACCUAGGUCAAGCCUGUUCUUGGCACAACCAACUCCCCUCCCCAGAUGAUCGGAAUUCCGGGGUUCGAUUAAAGAGAAAAAAGAUUGAGAGCAGAGCUACCCUACCGCUCAUUUACUUAGCUAAGGACUUAUACACCGAGGAUACAGAGAAGGGGAAGCAGAUACGCAUAAUAAAAAUAAUAAAUAUGUCGACGCAAGAACUGCCAAAACCAUCCUCGGUCUACGCCUCCGAUCACAACCCGGCCACGCUGCGCACGCAUCAAUGGCGAACGGCCGCAAACUCGGCCGCCUACCUCCUGCCCUACCUCAAGCGGGACAUGACCAUCCUCGACGUCGGCUGCGGACCGGGCACCAUCACGCUCGACCUCGCCCGGCACGUGCCGGACGGCUACAUCAUCGGGAUCGACUACGCGGACAAGCCGCUGGCGCCGGCCCGCGCGCUGGCGGAGGAAAAGGGCAUCACCAACGCGACGUUCGCCGUGGGCGAUGUGCUCUAUCUGGACGAGUAUGCCGACAAUACCUUCGACGUCGUGCAUGCCCACCAGGUGCUGCAGCACGUGCCGGACCCGGUCCGCGCCCUCCGCCAGAUGCGCCGCGUCACCAAGCCCGGCGGCAUCGUGGCCGUGCGCGAGACGGCCAGCAUGACCUGGUAUCCGCGUCUCGAGGGCCUGGACGCGUGGUACGACAUCUACCGCCGGGUCGCGCGGGGGAUGGGCGGCAACCCCGACCCGGGAUCGUACCUGCACGUCUGGGCCCAGGAAGCCGGGUUUCCGCGCGAAGCCAUCACCUGCUCCGCGGGGACCUGGUGCUUCAGCGAGCCGGCGGAGAGGGAGUGGUGGAGUAACAUCUGGGCCGAGAGGGUGCUUGCCCCGAGUUAUGUCGAGAAUGCCGUCGUCAAGGGUGGACAUUGCUCCAAGGAAGAUCUGGAGCGGAUAGCGGAAACAUGGCAGGAAUGGGGCAAGUCGAAAGAUGGCUGGUUCACUAUCACCCAUGGGGAAAUAAUAUGUCGAAAGUAG